GAGCCGACAGCGUCGGCGGCCGAGCGCGACAGAGCGGGGCGACCGGAGAGUUCGGGUCGGCGAGUUCGGGCGUGAAAGCCGUUGGGCGCGGGGCCCGCCGUCUCUGGCCAAGCGUGCGACACCGCUCUUCCCACGGCCCCGGAAAAUUCGCGGCCGCCGACCGGAAGAGGGGGUCCGAAGCGCGACGCCGGCCAGCCAGCCGACCAUGGGCGCGCCUUGAAGUGAGGGGCCCUUGCGGUGGCGGCUCGCCUCCUGUCGACGUCGUCCUCUGCUACGCCCCCACUGCUGUACGCCAGGGUGACGCGGGCCUUGAGCCCGCCGGCGCGGCUGUCCACCGUGGAGCUGCAGCCGCUGGUUCGGGGAGCGCUGUCCGCCGCUGGGGACCACAUGCCCCACAAGGGACACAGCGGCGUCAACCAGCUCGGGGGCGUGUAUGUCAACGGGAGGCCUCUGCCGGAUUCCACGCGGCAGAAGAUUGUCGAGCUGGCGCACUCCGGGGCCCGGCCGUGCGACAUCUCGCGCAUCCUGCAGGUCUCCAACGGAUGCGUCUCCAAGAUACUCGGAAGGUACUACGAGACGGGCUCGAUCCGUCCCCGGGCGAUCGGGGGCAGCAAGCCUCGCGUGGCCACUCCGCCGGUGGUGGGCAAGAUCGCCGAGUACAAGCGCGAAUGCCCUUCCAUCUUCGCCUGGGAGAUACGAGACCGGCUUCUCUCCGAAGGAGUCUGCAACAACGACAACAUACCAAGCGUGUCGUCCAUCAACCGGGUCCUGCGAAACCUCGCCGCCCAGAAGGAGCAGCAGCAGCACCACCAGCACCAGCAGCAGACGCAGCACCAUCACCACCAGGCUGCCGCAGCGGCUGCAGCGGCGGCUGCCGCGGCCGCGGCCGUGCACGGCGGCGGAUGUCCGGAGUCCGUGUACGACAAGCUGCGCAUGCUCAACGGACAGCCGUGGCCCUGGUACCCCGCCAGCGCCGCGCCGCCGCCGCCCCUGUCCGCAGCGGCUGCCGCGGGGGGCCCGGCCCUGGCGCCGCCGAGUCCCCUGGCCGGGGCGCUCACCCCGUCGGCGCUCGCGGCAGCCGCCAGCCCCACGGCGCACGACGCCAAGAAGGAAGGCGGCGGCGACGGUGGCACCUCUGACGGCAACUCGGAGAACAGCUCGUCGUGCGACGAGGACUCGCAGAUGCGGCUGCGGCUGAAGCGCAAGCUGCAGCGGAACCGGACAUCCUUCACCAACGAGCAGAUCGAGGCACUCGAGAAAGAGUUCGAGCGCACCCACUACCCGGACGUAUUCGCCCGGGAGAGGUUGGCCGAGAAGAUCGCGCUUCCCGAGGCGCGAAUCCAGGUCUGGUUUUCCAAUCGGCGGGCCAAGUGGCGGCGCGAGGAGAAGCUGCGCAGCCAGCGCCGUGCCGCGGAGUCCAGCGCCGCCGUCGGUGGGGGACCCGUGCACGGAAGACUCGCCGGUCCGCUGGCGGGGUACCCGGGACUCAGCCAGCCCAUGGCCGCAGCCAUGCAGGACUCGUACAGCCCGAUGGCCGCCGGCAUGGGCUCGGGUCCGUGCCUGCAGCAACAACACCGGGAUGCGGCCUCGUAUUCUUACAUGUUGCACGACACCCUCGGCCUAGGCGCCUACUCCAGGGCUUCGGCCAACCCGGCCGGCCAGGGAAGCAUCGGGGGCGGGCAUCCCGCCGCGUACGCAGUCAGCGGGGCCAGUCCCCAUGGCGCCGCAGGUGUCAUCUCUCCGGGCGUGACGGUGCCAGUGCAAGUCCCUGGCCAAACAACCGACCUCUCGGUGCCGUCCAACUACUGGCCCCGACUGCAGUGACAAUGGCCCAUGGUUGGGUACCCGACCGACCUGAGCCUCGCCAAGGGUAGCAGGUCGUACGCCAACCUCCAGGACCACUUCCCGGCCACUUGCGCCAACAAGGACUAGUCGCGCUACAUGCGCCCCACAAAAGAAGCUUGGCUUCACUCUUCUAGUCCGCACGGAUCCCGGCCAGCAGGACUCUGAUGAACCGUGCAGGAAACGUGCGUGCUCCUUCUCGCAGAAGUGUGAAGCAGUGGUCCCGUUUUGUGAAGGCCUGUGCAGUUGCUCAAACGGCAGCCCCCGUAUUUGUUUCACUUCAAUGACCACUCGUGACCAACUUUGUGCAAAUAAUAGUGGAUCAGGCAUGGUGGUGCGUAAAAUGCAAGCAUUUUCAAGUAGUCCUUCAGAAUCUGUGAGUACUGUUGGCACCAACACUCAAUAUUGCAAAGUUUCUCAAGGCUACACAUCAGGUGGGCACCUUACUGCCACCGUGACGAACCUCGUAAAUUUUUUUAAUGAAGCUGCACCAUUGCUGAAUGACUCUCCACAUACCGUCAGCCAGCCCCCUGAUCUACACAUCAUCCUGAAAUGCACACUUUGCUGUGAUGCACAGAUGACGAGGUUAUGUCUGGUUUAAAACUAUACUAUACUGAUAUGUGACAAAUAAGCAAGCAGAUGGUUAAAGUGGAACAUGCGUUGUAAAUGCUCCCAAGGAGAAGUAACUGCACAAACGAUCGCAAAGCAACCCUGCUGCUUUCGCUUCCUGUAGUCAUCGCUGCGUGUCAUGGACACUCCAAAGACGUGUGCCUCGACCGCUGCUCGUCACAGCCACAGUCGACAAUGAGACCAGUCGAUGCUGGCAAGAGCCACCAAGGUUGCUACUGAAUAUAAGGACCUUUGUUCUAGUCGACCACACUUUGUGAGCGCCCCAGUUCUUUCUUUCUUUUUGUUGUUUUUAACGUGUCAAUCGACCACUCCAUCCUCUACUAUCCAAAUGAGCUGUGUCGGCUGUUGUUAAUGUCGUCAUCGCAAUCAAGCCACAGCUCAUCCACCUAGGCCUCGAAUUCUCGACCACAAGUUUCUCGGGCAGUGCAAACGCAACCCAGCCAUCACUAACCUGUGCACACAACACUGUGUCGGCUGCACAAAUGCAGUCCAGCUGACAAUACGCGUGCUCUCGUAGGUGGGUGAAUGAAAUACUCGCUACACUGCCCUCAUCAUCCAAUGUGACACCACAGUGAAGUUUUUGUUAGUUGUUUUUUUUUUUUUGCAUUUAAAGCAGUGCAGUUGUGGCGUCUUUCCUGUCUCUGUUCCCUCGCACCUCUGGAAUGCCAGAGCGUUUACAGUGUCGCCAAGACCUGGCCCGAGACUGUAGCAUUAAUUCGCACGUGAUGUCACCAGCUUGUUCUUUUGUGUCAUCUGUGUGGACCUUCAAAAGCGACGUUUUGGAGAGCUUGUACAGAACUGUACUGGAAAACAGAACAGGAGCACACUUUAGAAAUGUCAAGAGGCAUACUUUUAAUAUAGCUCAUCCCAAAGAGUUUUCGGUAAAGACAAGAAAAAAAGAAUAAAAA